AGAAUAUCGUCAAUCCUUUAGAAUCAUGUGGAAGGAAGAGAACGGGUUUGCUUCUACAUGAUUCUUUAAUUUUUAACAGCAAUAGAAAGAUGAUGACAUUGGAGAUUUUCUCAUUGGGAUUUGCUUAACUCGAGAAUAUGGAUAUGGGUUCUUGUUUUAACUAGGCAGUUUGUUGUUGAAUUCCCCUCGUUGGGGACUUAUUGAGAGUUCUCUGAAAGCUGGAAUUCUGAUAAGAAAUUUAACUGUUCCUUCUUCGAUAUACCCCGUUCCCAAUUCGCUAUAGCCGCAAAGAUGUCCAGCUUCGUGGGUGUUCAUCUGUCAGAUCCGACGCUCCAGAGCCAGUUCACUCAGGUCGAGCUUCGCGGACUUAAAUCCAAGUUUAUUUCCUUGAGGAGCCAAUCUGGUAAAGUGAUAUUUGGAGAUUUGCCGCCUGUAAUGGCCAAAUUGAAGGCUCUUAAUCAGAUGUUUUCCGAGGAGGAGAUCUCUGCUAUCUUGGGGGAGUCUUCCGAUGUGAACGAUGAGAUCGAUUUCGAAGCCUUCCUUAGGGCAUAUUUGAAUUUACAAGCCCGAGCUACGGCCAAAUUGGGUGGUUCUAAGCACUCGUCAGCAUUCCUCAAGUCCACCACUACCACCCUUCUCCACACCAUUAGCGAAUCAGAGAAGGCUUCUUAUGUUGCCCACAUCAACAGCUACCUUGGAGAAGAUCCAUUCCUGAAGAAUUUUCUUCCUAUAGAUCCUGCUUCAAAUGCUCUAAUUGAUCUUGCUAAAGAUGGAGUUCUUCUCUGUAAGUUGAUCAAUGUUGCGGUGCCCGGGACAAUAGAUGAACGAGCUAUUAACACCAAAAAAGUACUAAAUCCUUGGGAAAGGAAUGAAAACCAUACCCUCUGCCUUAAUUCUGCAAAGGCCAUUGGCUGCACUGUGGUUAACAUUGGAACACAGGACUUGGUUGAAGGAAGGCCCCAUCUUGUAGUUGGGUUGAUUUCUCAAAUUAUAAAGAUCCAACUGUUAGCGGACCUCAACCUUAAGAAGACACCUCAACUGGUAGAGUUGGUUGAUGAUAGCCAGGAGGUGGAGGAGCUUAUGGGUUUGGCACCAGAAAAAGUCUUACUACGUUGGAUGAAUUUCCAUUUGAAAAAAGCAGGCUACAAGAAAACUAUUACAAACUUCUCUUCUGAUGUAAAGGAUGGUGAAGCUUAUGCUUACCUUCUCAAUGUUCUUGCCCCAGAGCACUGUAGCCCAGGUGCAUUAAAUACUAAGGAUCCCACUGAAAGAGCAAAAUUGAUACUUGAGCAUGCGGAACGGAUGGACUGUAAAAGAUACUUAACACCAAAGGAUAUUGUUGAAGGCUCACCAAAUCUGAAUCUUGCAUUCGUCGCACAGGUCUUCCACCAAAGAAAUGGCCUGUCAAUGGAUGACACAAAGAUCUCCUUUGCAGAGAUGAUGACGACAGAUGAUGUGCAAGUAUCUAGGGAGGAGAGAUGCUUCCGACUGUGGAUCAACAGUCUUGGAAUUGUUACAUACGUCAAUAAUGUGUUUGAGGAUGUCAGAAAUGGAUGGGUCCUUUUAGAAGUACUAGACAAAGUGUCUCCAGGAUCAGUUAACUGGAAGCAGUCAACAAAACCUCCCAUUAAGAUGCCAUUUAGAAAAGUCGAGAAUUGCAACCAAGUUAUCGGGAUUGGGAAACAAUUGAAAUUCUCACUAGUCAAUGUAGCUGGAAAUGACUUUGUACAGGGAAAUAAGAAGCUCAUACUUGCAUUCCUAUGGCAGUUGAUGAGGUUUAAUAUGCUCCAACUCCUUAAGAACUUGAGAUUCCAUUCCCAAGGGAAGGAGAUGACAGAUGCAGAUAUCCUAAAUUGGGCAAAUCAAAAGGUGAAAAAAGCAGGCAGAGCUUCUCAAAUGGAGAGCUUUAAGGAUAAGAACCUAUCAAAUGGGUUAUUUUUUCUCGAACUUCUUAGUGUUGUUGAGCCAAGGGUAGUCAACUGGAACCUUGUGACAAAGGGUGAAACUGAUGAGGAAAAGAAGUUAAAUGCCACAUAUAUAAUCAGUGUUGCACGAAAGCUUGGGUGUUCCAUUUUCUUAUUGCCCGAGGAUAUCAUGGAGGUGAACCAGAAGAUGAUCCUCACUCUAACAGCCAGCAUUAUGUACUGGAGCUUACAAAAACCAGUGGAAGGAUCAGAUUUAUCCCCCACUGAAGCCUCUGCACCAGACUCAUCCCCGGCAUCUUGUGUGGAUGAAGCGGAUAGAGGCAGUCUGGCAAGUGAGAUCUCAAAUAUGACCAUGGAUGAUGCAGCCUCUGAUACUGCAUCUGUGACGUCUUCCCAGAUUGAAAAUGACAAUGUUUCCAUCGAAGAAUGA